AUUAAGUAGAACCACAAUUCUCUUUGCUUCACCAUCUCCAUAACACAUCUCUCUUUGUCAGCUAGGUAGCUCUCAUCUUUCUCUCUCUAGGGAUGGAUGGUGUUAGGGUUUCUCUUGCUUGUGCUCUACUUCUUUUCGCUGUCUCUUCAAUAGCUUCGGCGGCCAUUGUCGAACACACCUUCAACGUACAAAACUUAACGGUGUCUCGGCUGUGCAAACGGCAAGUGGUAACGGUCGUAAACGGAAGCCUGCCUGGACCAACAAUACGCGUUAAGGAGGGUGAUUCGCUCGUCAUUCACGUCCUCAACAAUUCACCUCACAACAUCACAAUUCAUUGGCACGGGAUCUUUCAUAGACUAACAGUUUGGGCAGAUGGACCAAGUAUGAUAACGCAGUGCCCAAUCCAGCCUGGCCAGAGAUACGCUUACAGAUUCAACAUCACCGGCCAAGAAGGUACCUUGUGGUGGCACGCACACUCUUCUUUCCUACGCGCCACCGUAUACGGUGCUCUCAUCAUCCGCCCUAAAUCCGGCCACUCUUACCCGUUUCCCAAACCUCACAAAGAGGUUCCCAUCUUAUUUGGUGAAUGGUGGAACACCGAUGUAGUCGCGUUAGAGGAGACCGCAAUCGCCACCGGAGUUCCUCCAAACAAUUCCGACGCUUAUACGAUCAAUGGCCUUCCCGGAAACCUAUAUCCAUGCUCCAAAGACAGAAUGUUUAGCCUAGACGUGGUGAAAGGAAAGAGAUACUUACUUCGCAUCAUAAACGCGGCAAUGAACAUGCAAAUGUUUUUCAAGAUAGCCAAUCACAGGCUGACAGUUGUCGGCGCUGACGCAGUCUACACCGCCCCUUACGUAACCGACGUCAUCGCAAUCGCACCGGGUCAAACCGUUGACGCACUCCUCUUCGCCGAUCAGUCCAUCGACACCUCCUAUUACAUGGCAGCUCAUCCUUACGCCAGCGCACCCUCCGUCCCUUUCCCCAACACCACCACCAGAGGCGUCAUCCACUACGCCGGCGCGUCGAAACCAAAGCGAACGAAGCGCGUGUUGAUGCCGAAACUACCUUCCUUCUUCGACACGUUAACUGCUCACAGAUUCUACUCUAGCCUCACUAGCUUAGUCGAUGGACCUCACUACGUACCAGUACCUUGCCAGGUGGACGAAGAGAUGCUCGUAACCAUCGGGCUCGCGCUAGAAGCAUGCGCAGAUAACACCACGUGUCCAAAAUUCUCAGCUUCCAUGAGCAACCACUCUUUCGUGUUACCUAAAAAGCUAUCGAUCUUGGAAGCUGUGUUCCACGGCGUCGACGGGAUCUUCACGCCUGAUUUCCCAAACCAGCCUCCGGUUAAGUUCGAUUACACUGACCCGAACGUAACUCAGACGAACCCGGGACUUUUGUUCGCUCAAAAGACAACGAGCGCCAAGGUUCUGAAAUUCAAUACGACGGUAGAGUUGGUAUUGCAGAACCAUGCGCUUAUUGCAGCGGAGAGUCAUCCCAUGCAUCUUCAUGGAUUCAAUUUCCAUGUUUUGGCUCAAGGGUUUGGUAAUUAUAACGCCAACCGUGACCGAAGCAAGUUCAAUCUCGUUAACCCUCAGUUCCGUAACACUUUGGCUGUGCCUGUUGGUGGAUGGGCCGUGACCCGUUUCACUGCUGAUAAUCCAGGUGCGUGGAUUAUGCAUUGUCAUAUCGAUGUUCACUUGCCGUUCGGACUAGGGAUGAUAUUUGUGGUUGAGAACGGCCCGACCAAGGCCACCACCUUGCCACCGCCACCACUUGAUCUUCCCAAAUGUUAAGCAAGAAUAUUAAAAAAGGUUUAUUAAAAACAAUAAGAAGAUUAUUUAGAGGAAAAAAGGACAAAAAUUUGCCUCAAACACUCAGUGAGACUUGUUUGAUUUGCUCUCUCGUAUUUAUUUUGAUGUAGUCGGUAAAUAAAAUUAAAUUGUAGUUCCCUUCAUAUGUUUUUGUUACCAAUUGUGUGUGUUGUCAGUGAUUUAUAUGGUUUAUUUUCUUGUAAAUUUGUCAUUUUUUACGUAAAAUUAAAUCAUUACAUGGUUGAUA